AAAUCCAACUUUAGCUUCAUUAGCAAGUCUCUCUUCAACGCCGCUCUCAUUUCCAUUACUUCACAGCUGCAAUACAGCAACUCGCUGGCUGUACUCCUUCAGCCCUUUUUCGUUAAACAACACGAACAGCAACUCUCGUUUGCACUCGAGCUAGAAGCGGAUCUAGAAGUUUUACUUACAGCGCGGAUUGAGUUCUAUUGUAUUGUAGGGUUUCUCCUCAAUCCUCAUCAUUUUUCUGUAAAUGGACGCAUUCAAGAACCAGUCGUUCUUCCAAGAUAUCAAAUCAAGGGAGGUUCAUGGAUACAGAGUUAAAAGACGACCUUAUAUCAGUCACGAAUUGUCUAAUUUCAACCAAAUUGGAGCCGUAGCAGUUGACCACGACGGGUUCACGCCACCUCCAAUGGCCAUAUCUUUCUGCAAGACAAAUAAAAACUCGCAUAUUGUUGCUGUCACUGAUGAGGGUGGCUACCUUAGCUUGUUUAACACUCGGGUGCAAUUUCCUUCUUCUUUUACUCACCUGCAAAAUGCAGAAAAAGCUAAGGUAUCAGAGUGGGUUGCUCAUGAUAAUGCCAUAUUUGAUGUAUGUUGGAUCAAGGAAGAUACCAAUAUAUUAACAGCUUCAGGUGAUCAAAGUAUUAAGGUAUGGGAUGCACAAGGAAAGCAAUGUGUGAGAGCACUAAUGGGUCACACUGGCAGUGUGAAAUCCAUUUGUCCUCAUCCUACAAAUCAUGAUAUUAUUGUUUCUGGUUCUAGAGAUGGGUCUUUUGCACUUUGGGACUUAAGGUGCUCUGACAGUAGCAGUGACAACCUUUGCAUACCGCCAAUUGCUAACGUCCAUGAGGCUCACAUUUCUCCUUGUCAGAGGCGGACUAGACGUGGAAAGGCUUCUGCAGUGAGUAUUACAUCUAUUCUUUUCCUAAAAGAUGAGCUAUCCAUAGCUAGUGCUGGAGCAGUUGACAGUGUCAUAAAGUUCUGGGAUACAAGGAAUCUCAAAUGUCCUGUUGUUCAGGCAUGCCCUCAUCCUGAUGUAUCAACUCAGAAGGUACAACGAUAUCACGGAGUAUCUAGUUUGUCUCAAGAUUUAAAUGGAGCGUUUAUUUCUGCAUCAUGCAUGGACAACAGAAUCUACCUCUACAAUGUACUUCAGGCAGAAAAAGGGCCUGUUAAAACUUUCAAAGGAUGCAAAAUAGAAUCAUUUUUUGUCAAGUCAGCAAUAAGUCCUGAUGCAGCUCAUAUUCUUAGUGGUUCCAGUGAUGGAAAUGCCUACGUAUGGCAGGUAAACAAACCUCUUGAAGAUCCAAUUAUGUUGAAAGGCCAUGAUGGAGAAGUUACAGCACUAGAUUGGUGCACAUCAGAAACAGGCAAAGUUGCUACGUCAUCAGAUGAUUUCACAGUGCGGUUUUGGAAUAUCCACAACAGUUGUUACUCAAACACAAGAUCUCCAUCAUCCAUUCGAAGGAGAGUAACAGCACUUUCAUGUAUGCAACGUCGGAAGCUGUUUUCAGAUGAAAAACAAGCCAGCAUCAAGAAUGUCUCUGCUAGCUGUGACUCAAACUUGACAUGUCAUCAAGAGUUGCCUGAUCCUCUCACAGUCCCUGAGAUGAGUACUCCAGUAUCAAAGAAGAGAAAACCUUUACCAAUUUUUGAGCCUCAAGAGAACUUUGAGAAAACCCCAGAAGCUGCAAAGAGAAGUCCUUCAUCUGUUCUGAAUCCCCCUUCCUCUUUGAGAAAGACAAUCAGAGAUUACUUUAUAGUCACUCCUCCUUCAAGCUUACACAGUAAAUGAUAACCUCUAUCUUGAAGAAUGUAGCUUUCUGUUUAUAAAAUAGCAAAUAGAUUCAGAUAUACACUCCGUCGAGGAUUACGGGCAAAGACUCUCGUUAAGUAGCUCCAUGUUUUCCAUCACAUACCAUUUCUCUAGCCAAGAGCAAAACGAAAUUCAUUAUGAAAACUAGAAAAGAUCCAAAAAGUCACUGUAAAUAGAGUGAAUUGCUUUAUGUACUGAUGCUUUGGUCUUUUGAUUACUAGUUGGAUUAGUUCUCAGCUU